GAUGGUCCGAAUUUGGAGUUGUGAAAAAUUAUUUUAAUGACCCUCUUUAGACUUGGGCAGCGUUUGCUAUUUACUAUUCAAUUGGUAGGUAAGCACCUUAAACUUCCGAAGUGUAGUGUUUCGAGUUGGUAGGAAAAACAUGACAACAGUGACGAUUCAUUGGACCUGUAAACUUAGUGCCUAAACGAAACUCACUGUCAUGGACAUUUCCGUCGGCUUUUUCAGCGUUUUCCUCGCGUUGUUUUCAAUCGUUUAUUAUUUCGUGAGAAAUAGAUCGUUUGGAUGUUUUCCCUCGUCAACACCGUUGAUCGCCGUCGCCAUUCCGCAAUCGGCGGUGCACCUUGGAUCGCCACUGCCCCCGACUGACACCAACGGUGUAUCAACCAGACUUUCCGACAAGUUCCGCGUGUCGGUUAAUCCGUUCACGCCGACCGGUAUUGAGAUAUUGAAAAACAGAAAGAAACGCUUUCCCAGAUCGAAUAACUGCAACAUCGCCAGUUCUGAGAGCGGCGGCAGUGAUGACUGCGAUCAGUCCACCCCACCCGGUAAUAAAACACCUGCUUCCGCACAUCCAUCUGUCAUCAAACGUCUGAAUCGUUUGAUGAAUAGUGGCGAGGUGACUAACGUCAGUAUACGUGAAUUGCAGACCUCCCGAUUCCACGAAGAGUUCAGAAUAGACGAGUUUAUCGCCGCCGGUAGUUUCGGUGUCAUAUACAAAUGUACAAAUUUGUUUGACGGAAUACCCUAUGCGAUUAAAAAAAUCAAACAGACAACGUAUAAGAGUACGGAGUAUUUGGUCCGUAAGGAGGUGUACGCAAACUCGGCGUUCGGACGACAUCCAAAUUUGGUUUCGUACUUUACGGCGUGGUACGAAAGAGGUCAUAUUUACAUUCAAACAGAAUUCUGCCAUGGUGGUACCCUGGAACGCAUGAUUCACGAGUCUGAUCAUGUGUUCUGUGACAAUGCUCUAAGGCGAUUGUUGUGGCACGUGUGCAAUGGUCUGGCUCACAUUCAUUCCAAAAAACUUGCUCAUUUGGACAUAAAAGCAGCAAACAUAUUGAUAUGCAAGACUAAUGGGGCAUUGGUGUUUGCUCAUGAUCUAGACGAUGAUGAAGAAAUAAUUGACAAAGAUAUUGUUUACAAGAUAGGUGACUUUGGGCAUACAAUAUGUAUUGAAGAUGUCCGAAGUAUUGAAGAUGGAGAUUCUCGCUAUUUACCUAAAGAACUAUUACGUGACGAUUAUUCUCAGUUGCAGAAAGUUGAUGUGUUUUCUACUGCGCUUACAGUAUACGAGGCUGCAACUCAAAAACAUUUACCUAAAAAUGGACCAGAAUGGCAUCGUUUAAGAAAUGGUGAAUUUUCGUUACCUCAAACUCUCUUUAUAAGUACUAGUCUAGAAAAAUUGCUUAAAAAAAUGGUUGAUUUGGAUCCUUCCAAUAGGCCUAGUGCUUCUAAAGUGGUCAAUCUUUUGCUCGAUAGAGGAAUGGCAGCUUCAAAAGAUCAAGAUGAAAUGGAAAUAUUGAAAUUAAAGGAUCAAUUCCUUACACCUUGGUUAAUCGAUUUUAAACCGUCAAGAACAGCAAUAUCAGAUUGAGAUUUAUCUUUAAUGACUGACAAUUGUAAGAAAAUUGAAGACUAUUGAAC